ACGUGGGCGGACCAAACAACUUUUUUGAAGUCGCUACAUCGACAUGACAUCGAAUAGGAGUAAUUUCACGGGACGUAGGAGCUAACACGAAGCUAGAAUACGUAACGUAUAAAACAUGGUUGGUUAUUUGGUAGGUUUUUUUGCUUUAAAUGAACACAGCGGUGUUAACUUUUCCCGGCUUUUUCGCGACCGUCUUUGUUUACAUGUAGCAUGCUAUCAUGCUAUCAUGCUAUCCUGCUACCAGCUCGUCGGCAGUCUUACAAUGUUUAUCAAAUACCUUUUUUUUUCUCGUCCGAACGGGCUAAGUUGUCGAUCCCUGAGUUAACCAUGUUCCAAUUCGAUGGUUAGCAAAGAGGGAAGGUUUAAGCAAGUCAUAUCGGACACUUAAAAGAGUCUGCUUUGACGUACGGUGACAACUGGUGGAGCCCAACGAUUAUGCCAAUAAAACCCCGAUACUUGAUCAAUAAGAUGCACUUUUGUCAUGCAGCGUGACGACCUGAUCGAUAUUACGUUUCUGGCUCAUGUGCUGAUUAGACAUUAAGUUUAAGCCAGCUAUUAGAUGGACUCUGUUUUCACCAGAAGGAAGAUGUGCAAUGUGCGGCAAGAGAAUGCUUGUCUGAACAUGCAGGAUAUUCAGCUCAUCAGUGAUAUCGAUGAUACGCCUAAUGAAUUCCUAUCCCCCAACUCUCAGGCCUGCCUGCGAUGCUCUAGAAACGGGGUUGCGAACAGUGUGGAGGUGUUGAAUGAGCAGAUUUGUCAUCUUCAAGCAGAAGUGGAGACCAAAGGCAAAGAACUCAAAGCAGCAGAGCUGAAGGCAGAGUGUUGCCUGGAGGAGUCCGCUCACAGUGACAUCAUGGUCGUGACUCUAUCUGAAAAACUGAGCAGUCUCAGGGAGGACAUGGCCAACAAGACUGCACUUUGUAAAAGGGCAGAACAACAGAGAAACCAAGCCCUUGAGAAUGCGGAGAAACUCAAAGAAGCUUUCAAAGAGUACAAGGCCAACGUUGCCAUUAAAUUUCGAAAGGUGAUGGAGAAUGAAAGGAGGUUAAAAUCAAGUCUUACUAAGUUGAGUGAAGAAGAAAAACAGUUGGAACUGAAGUGUGCUUUGCUGGAGAGAGAGAAAGAAGAGCAGAGUGAAACUAUCAGCCAGCUAAAGGAGGAGGUGAGUCUAACAGAGACGUUGGCGGCUCAGCAUUCCGACCUCCAGGCCAAGCUGGAGGAUGCGGGACGACGGAGCUCUGACCUGCGGCGGCAGCUGAUAGAGCGCAGCGCCGAGUGCAGGGAGCUGGUCUCUCUGCGCAAGGAAGUGGAGGACUUGCGGACCCUGGCCAAGAACCAGGAGCAGUGUUUAGCUCAAAGCCACAGAGCGGCUCAGCAAAGUCAAGCUGAGAACGCCAGUUUGGAGGCCAUCAUAUCCCUGCUGCAUCUACGAGAGGAUGCUGUGGGACCACUUUGUGUCAGGCCCUGCAUCCUGCCCCCGGCGGACUAUUCAAGAACUGUAAAUCUCCUGAAUCUUAAACCAGGUGAAGGUUACCAGCAGCUUCUACAGGUCCUACACGUGAAGGAGGCCGAGCGCACGAAACAAAGCAGCCUGGUUGAUCGACUGCAAGAGCGCGUGAACCGAGCCCAGGAGGAGAUUUCCUCCCUGCAGGCCGAACGGGCCUCCCACUUACAGAACUUCCAGGCAGAGAAGAUUGACAAAGCCAACCAAGCCUCGGCCGCAGAAAAAGAACUGAAAAGGAAGGGCGCUCGAGUUUCCGCGCUGGAGAAGCAGUUACAGGAGAAGACAUCAGCCUACAGCCAUGCCGCACUGAGGAAUACUGAGCUGGAGAAGCAGCUACAGGAGAAGACCAGCACCCUUCAGCAUUACCAGUCACUGCUCAGCAAAAAGCAAAAAGAGUUCCAGCUAUCUUUGGACAAGAGUAAACAAUCCCAAACUCAGCAAUACACGGAACAGCAGCACAGAAUAGACAUGUUGCAGUUGUCUGUGGACAAGGCUCGUUCUCAGCUAUCGGAGAUGGAGCAGGAGCUGCGCUCUCUCCAGAGAGAGCGAGACGAGGCGCACACCACAGCUUUCCAGCUUCAUACCUCCAUAGAAAAGCUCACACAAGAGAAGCAGAUUGAAGUGAGGCACAACGAAGAGUUGCUCCACAGUUUGAACAAGCAGACUGCCGAGUCUGCUUCCAAGGUGGGUGAGCUCCAGUCGUCUUUGUCAGCCUGCAGAGAAGAGCUGAGGUUGCAUCUGCAGCAGAUGGAGGUCGUCAAGAAGAGCUAUGAAGCUAAUCUGCAGACAUCCAAAGAAAAGGUGUGUUCACUGCAGGAAAAGCUUCACGGUUUGACCCGGGUCGCUGAGAGCGCCAGUGAUCAAAACCUGCAGCUUCAGCUAUCCCUGCAGCAGCUGCAGACCAUGCUGACCGAGAGCACGACCCGUAUCGCAGAACUGGAGGAGAGCCAGAGUCAGCUGCAGCGACACGUGUCCACUCUGGAGCAGCAGCUUGUGCGAGCUCGAGUGUCUCUGCAAGAUGAGGCGAGGAACAGACUAAAAGACGCUGAGGAGAAAGAUAAGGACCUUCAUGAAGUGAAGCACAAAAGCGCCAAACUGUCGGAGAUGCUCAGCCAAGUAAAAUCAGACAUGAAGAGCUGCCAAAUGGAGCUGGUGUCUAAAGAGCUAGAGCUGCAGCGUCUGCGCAGGGACGUCGCCGUCAAGACCUCUGAGAUCAGCAACAUGGACGUGCACCUGCAGCAGACCAGGAGCCAGCUUGAAACCAAGAGUGACUUGGUGGACGAGCUGGAGGAGAAGCUCCACCGCUGCGAGGCCGACAAGCAGAACUGUGUCAAGAGGGUGCAUCUCCUCGAGGGCCAGCUGCAGACGGUGCAGGAGGAAUUGGCCGAGACUCUAACAGAGCUGCGGUUGCUCAAAGACGUCCUCCAGAGGACCCAAACUAAGGCUGAUGAGCGGCAAGUCGAAGUGGAAAAUCUGAGCAUACGUCUUAGUGAGACCCAAAGGGAGUUGGAGGACAGAACUCAUGAGGUUUUAGACAUGGACAUUGCACUGAAGAAAGGACAGGGGGAGCUCCAGCAAAGAGCAAAUGUGCUGGCCCAGCUGAACGUGGCUAUCCGAGACAGCAGGCAGAAGAUGGACAGGAAGUUGGAGGCCAAAGAGGAAGAACUGACAGAGGCACAGAGGGAGCUCGUGGACACGAAGGACUCCCAUCAACAAAAACUUCAGACUCUACUACGGGAACUUGAAGAGUCUCAGUUUCAUUGUGAAGCUCUCACCACAGAAGUGGAGGCCAUCCAGCUGAAGGAAAAGGACAUGGAUGUGAGGCUGCGGCGUGCAGACGAAGAGCUGGCUCUGAAGGAGGCGUGGUGGCAGCAGUCGGAGGCCAAGUUCCAGAAAAUGAUCGCUUCUUUAGAGCAGAAGUUGGAGCUGGAACAGGACCGUCACAACAAAGAACUGGAGUCCCUGCAGCAGACCCGAGGUCAGCUCCUAAAGGUGUCCACAACCAUGCGCACCUCCCAGGAGCAGCUCACCUCCAAACUCGAGCAGUGUCAAACCCAGCUGGCGCGAACAAAUGCUGAGUUGGACCGCACCAGGACCAAGGCCAGUCAUCUCCAGAGCAAGUUAGAGCAGAGCCAGAACCUCUUCGUUCAGACUCAGUCCCAGCUGGAGGAGAGCAGGGUUUUGUACGAGAAGGUCAAAGCUGACAACAGUCGGCUUCAAGUACAGCUGGAGCAACUCGGUGUUCAGUUUAAGCAGGCUAGGGUUCCAUCGGCUCAGCUCCAGACUCAGCCUGACUCCAACGGGUCCUUGCUCAUCAAAGAGUCUGAGGUCACGCGUCUCCAACCGAGAACCUCUGGUCUGCGGCGAGGAACUGGACGUCGGAAUCCAACUCAGGACUCUUCAGCGCCUCGCUCUCCAAACCCCCUUCCAGCAACCGUCCAGCCGCCAUCACACGCUCACCGGGCCCCGCUCCCUCCCAACGCACAUUCACCCCAAGAUGAUUGCUUUAGCAGCGAUCUGUCCAUAGAUUUCCCUCCCAGUCUGAAGGCCGCAGUAAAGGAGGCACGGACCCAGCAGGCCUGGGAGUCGUCCUGCUCAGACACAAUAGACCCCAGCUUGCAGAGCUCCGGCAGCACUGAGCCCCGGUCUAGCUCGGAGGUCUCCUUCGACCCUCUCACCUACAACGGGGACAAAAUUAGCGCAAAUCACACCCUGGAACAGGAGGGAAACCAAGACCUCACUCCAGUUGACCCUCAGAGCUCCUUAACGGAAACAAUGAGGUUUGUUCAGCAGACGUUAGCGUAUCAAGAGGAUCAGUCCUUGUGGAGUUCUGCAUAGUCAGAGUAGACUCUACCUCAGGGUCACGGCGACGUCUUUAAAAGUGGGCACUUUUUAAAAAAUUGUUUUAUAGACUUAAGUAGUACGACCGCAUUGGACACAAAGCUGUGCAACACAUUUUAAAGCACCUGUUAGUGGAAAACAUUCUUUACCGAACAAGAUGUAAAGGAACGGAAUUACACGGACAGUAAAGUUCCUCUCAGGUUUCAGUCAAAUAAAUCAAUUAUAAACAGUAUUAUGUACAGAUAGUAUUUACACAAAUGGCAGUUUUACUGGAAGCAUUGUUAGAAUGAAGUGGAACAGAGAUGGUGACCCUCUCCAGGGUCCAUCAAUCCUGUUCUUCUUGAAGAAUGGAUACUCCCAACAACAUGUAGAACGCCUUCCCAGAAAAGACCGUGCGAGAUUUGUCAGAAAAGUUCCAGGACUGUCGAUAUGUUUGCUGUCAUCAUCCACGACAAGAUUUUGCUUCGUUCAGCGCGUGGAGCGAGGCGAGAGUUGCACGACCCGCGGCUCAUAUGACCGUAACAGGCCUGCUCGGAAAGCAUCCGACGGCUCCUGGCUGAGAAGAACAUGCAACCUACCACAGUCCAGGUACUUUUCUGACACCUCACACUUUCUUUCAGCUAAUCCAAAACGUCGGCGUGUACAAUUUGUUGUUCCAGGCAGCUCGAAUGUGGAAUAGAGUUUAGAGCAAUGUUGAAGUACAUGCCAGUUCAAUUGGUGCAGCUCAUGGACAGAAAGGAAGUUUCUGUCAUUGUUUACCCAGGGAAAACUUGACUAGAGGACUACAUAGAAAGUUGUAGCACACUUCAGCACUUUUUAAUUACCAACCUGUGACCUGCUGAAAAUGGAGUCAAGAUAAAAGUAAAAAUAAAAAACAUUCAUAAAAAUA